AUGCAUUUCUCUACACUUUUCUUACGUGGUGCUCGUUAUGGUGGCGGUAUCGCAUUGUCUACAUCUCCGUAUCAGCUACAUCCUGUUGGUACUGGCAGAGUACGCUGUAUUACUAAGCGUGCAGCAGAUGAAGCACGUCGAAUAUCCAUCAAGAAGCGCAACCGCCGUGCUGUCAUUUAUUUAGCUGGCACGGCUAUUGCUUGGGUCGGUAUUUCCUAUGCUGCUGUCCCGCUUUACAAGAUCUUUUGUCAAAUGACGGGCUUUGGAGGCACGACACAGCGUGUUGAGGAGUUUGUAGCUGAGAAACUAACCCCUCGCGAGGAUUCAAGGCCUAUCCGUAUCACAUUUGACGGUGGUGUGAGCGCCAAUAUGCCAUGGGUCUUUCGACCACAGCAGCGUGAUCUCUUAGUGGCACCUGGUGAGACAGCAUUGGCUUUCUAUACGGCCAAGAACAAGACAGAUCGGGCAAUCACAGGUGUUGCCACGUACAAUGUGUAUCCCCCAUCGGCUGGUGUGUACUUUAACAAGAUUCAAUGCUUUUGUUUUGAAGAGCAGAGACUCAAGCCAAAGGAAGAGAUUGAUAUGCCAGUUUUUUUCUUCAUUGAUCCAGAAAUCUGCGAUGACCCAUCAAUGAAUGGUGUGCACAAUAUUACACUAUCGUAUACGUUUUUCAAGACUGAUGAUGUCAGUGAAGAUGAAGUGAAUGACAAUGAUGAUUAA